GAAACACUGCACAUAAGAACAUCAGAAUCACUUGCGCAAAAUUGUGCCUGUGUGUAGUUAACAUCCCAAUUUAGAACUGGAAUCCUUUUGAUUCUUUAUGAAUCUUGCCUCGAUCAACUAAUCUUUGGCCCAUUUUUCGACCAUUGAUCAUCACCAUCAUCGUUAUCAUCACCACCCGCGAUUGGAUCCGCCACAAAUCGUUCUCUACUCGCUCAUAUUUCUUAAGUUCGAUCUGGGUGUCUCAUGAAAUGAGGAGGCCUGGAGAAGGAAUGAUGUUCAAGAGACCGUAUAAUAAUCGGCACCAGUUGAAGCAAGUUAAGGGACUGUUUAACAGAUUCACGAUUGUGGCUAUUAUACUUGUGAUUAUGAUCAUCUACUUCUUCGUCUUCGCCAGCAAGGCUAAUUACUUAUCACCAGAAUCCCCAUCUGAGGUUGAUAUGCAGAAACUUUGGUAUACUGCUGAUUCUGGCGGUUGGAGACCUUCAUCGACUCCUAGAUCUUAUUGGCCUCCUCCUCCAAAUGAGAGCAAUGGGUAUCUGCGUGUUCGUUGUAAUGGAGGUUUAAAUCAGCAGCGGACUGCGAUCUGUAAUGCGGUUCUUGCUGCUCGAAUCAUGAAUGCCACCCUCGUGCUGCCCGAGCUGGAUACAAAUUCCUACUGGCACGAUGACAGCGGUUUCCAAGGUAUCUAUGAUGUUGAUCAUUUUAUAUCGUCAUUGCGGUAUGAUGUACGUAUUGUUGAAAGCAUUCCUGAAAUCCGGAAGAACGGAAAAAUAAAGAAGAUAAAGUCUUUUCAGCUUCGGCCGCCUAGAGAUGCUCCUAUCAGUUGGUAUUCAACCGUUGCUUUGGAGAAAAUGAAUGAGCACGGUGCUAUCUAUCUCACACCCUUUUCUCAUCGAUUAGCUGAAGAGAUCGAUAAUCCCGAAUACCAACGAUUAAGAUGCCGAGUCAACUAUCAUGCUCUCCGAUUUAAGCAACAAAUAAUGCAAUUAAGCCAGUCUAUAGUUGCUAAACUUCGCUCUCAAGGUCACUUCAUGUCAAUACAUCUUCGAUUUGAAAAGGAUAUGCUGUCGUUUGCCGGGUGUUUCGAUAUAUUUUCUCCUCAAGAACAAAAGAUAUUAAGGAAAUACCGAAAGGAAAACUUUGCGGAUAAGAAACUUGUUUAUAGGGAAAGAAGGGCUAUCGGAAAAUGUCCACUUACUCCCGAAGAGGUUGGUCUCGUCUUACGCUCAAUGGGAUUCGACAAUUCCACUCGAAUAUACCUUGCAGCUGGUGAAUUAUUUGGUGGCGAGCGGUUCAUGAAGCCGUUUCGAGCCAUGUUUCCACUGCUUGAGAACCACAACACCGUAGACCCAUCUAGCGAGUUAACCGAUAACACACAGGGCUUACUGGGGUCAGCUGUUGAUUACAUGGUUUGUCUUCUAUCAGACAUUUUCGUGCCAACAUAUGAUGGUCCAAGCAACUUUGCCAAUAACCUUCUCGGCCACCGACUCUACUACAGUUUUCGGACAACAAUUCGGCCCGACCGCAAAGGUCUGGCUCCGAUCUUCAUUCAACGUGAAGAGGGACACCUUGCUGGUUUCGAAGCGGCCGUUAGGCGUGUGAUGAUGAAAACGAACUUUGGUGGGCCUCGUAAGCGGGUGCCGCCGGAGUCUUUUUAUACGAAUUCUUGGCCCGAGUGUUUCUGUCGGGAUUCGGCGACGGAUCCUGGUGAUAGAUGCCCACCUGAUAAUAUGAUGGAGGUGCUAGAGGAUCAAUUGGAGAGGGAAAUGACCAAUGUGACCUCCAAUGGUGUGAUGAAUAGGGUAGUUGAUUAAGAUAUGGUUAAAAUGAUGAUUCUAAUAUCUCUUGCAAGCAAAAUGAUGAUGCCAAGGUACCAUGGAGAUGGUUUUAGGUUAACAUCUACUAAAGCAUCCAAGGUUCAGCAGGAAAACAUGAUUACAGAGCUUACAUAAAGAAUUAGUGAAAGCAGAGGAGCAACAUCUGUUGGAAAAUAUAGUUCUUGUUGUUUUAUACACAUUAUAAGGAUCAUUUCAAUGUAGCAGCAAGAUUACAUGAUACAAU